AUGAGUCUAAAAGAUUAUGUAAUUUUAUUUGCACAAUCAUUUCAAGAUUUUCGUCGUCAAGAACUAGAAUCUCUUGCUAUUAUUGAAGGAAUCAAGGCAGAUUUCUCUAAUCAUCAUAAACAGGCAAAAAUAAGUGUUAUUUUUUUAAUUUAUAUAAGAGCUAUUUAUUCACUUUGGGCAUCUGCUGAAUCAUAUAAUGAUCUUCAUCAUAUACUUAGAAAAUCUGGUCCAGCCUUAACAGAACCAUUUCGUUAUGCAUCAUUUAAAUUUGUUGUAGAAAGCUUUAAUAAAUCUCAUUCAAUUGAGCAUCAGAUUGAACUUAUUAAUAGUUUUUCUUAUUUAGCUUUAGAGGGGCCAGUUUUUAUGAAAAACCCACAGGAAAUUUAUGCAAUAUUAGAAGAAUGGGUAGCAGGUUCAUUAAAAUAUGUCUUUAUGGGUCGACAAGUAUCCAAAAGUAGUCGACAUGCAGUUAAUUGGUUUAAUCUGAAGAAAAGACGAUAUAUUGGAAACACAUCUAUGGAUGCAGAGCUUUCCUUAAUUAUUGCAAAUCAAGCACUUGCAGGAAAAGGAAAGCUUGUUUAUGAUCCAUUCGUUGGAACUGGUAGUAUUCUUCUUGCAUGUGCAUAUUAUGAAGCAAUGAUAAUGGGUACUGAUAUUGAUGGACGACUUUUACGAGGUAAAAAUGACCGAUCAAUUCAUAGUAAUCUUGAGCAAUAUGGUUUAACUUCAAAAUUCCUUGAUGUUUUUAUAAUGGAUUUUCUUCAUUCUGCUAUACAUAAUAGCCUUCUAUUAGAUAUUAUUAUUUGUGACCCUCCAUAUGGUCUACGUGCAAGUCCAAAAACUUUAAGAAAGAAUGUUAAAAAUAUCUCUCCUCCAAAAGAUGAAUCAGGUUGUUAUUUUCAUCUAAAAAAAGAUUAUAUUCCACCGACAGAACCUUAUUCAUUUGAUCAAUUGAUUGCAAAACUUAUGAUAUUCGCAUCAGAUCAUCUUUUAACAGAAGGAAGACUUGUUUUUUGGAUGCCUAGUAUGGAAGAAAAACUAGAAACCAGUGUUCCACAACAUCCUAACCUUUUAUUGAUUGCAAAUAGUAAACAGUGUUUUGGAAAAUGUUAUUUAUCAUUUGCUAUUAAAUAA